CCCGAAAACCAGGAAUAAUUCACAGAGAAUUUUCCAGACUCAUUUUUUUUUAAUUUUCAUUUCUCAUUUUCCAUUGGAGAUGCCCGGAAGCUUAGAGCCUUUAGAUUUGGUCGGUGUUCAAGUCCCUUACUAUUUCAGAUGCCCUAUCUCCCUCGAGCUCAUGCGUGACCCGGUAACGGUCAGCACCGGUCAAACAUACGACCGGACCAGCAUCGAAUCAUGGGCUGCUACCGGUAACACCACUUGUCCGGUCACUCGAGCACCGCUCUCUGAUUUCACUCUCAUCCCUAAUCAUACACUUCGCCGGUUGAUUCAAGAUUGGUGUGUUGCGAACCGGGCUUUUGGUAUCGAGCGAAUUCCUACUCCGAAACAACCGGCCGAGCCGGCCACGGUUAGGUCUUUGCUGAAUCAGGCUUCCUUGGUUUCGAAUACAGUUUCGGCUCGUAUUUCUGCUAUGGUUCAACUUAAGGGACUCACCCUUGACUCGGAGAAGAAUCGUUCCGUGAUUUGUUCUCAUGGUAACGCACGUGAAAUAUUAAUGAGUAUUGUGUUUUCGGAGUCGAGUUCCGAAUCUUUGGAGUUGAAUCAGGAGGCACUCGCGGUUUUGGUGAUGUUUCAACUCAGCGAGUCCGAGUGCACGGAGAUCGCUUCGGAUUUGAAUAAAGUGAUUUACUUAUCGAAACUCUUGUUUCAUUCCUCGAUUGAUGUUCGAAUCAACUCGGCUUCGCUCAUCGAAACCGUUCUCGCCGGAACGAAUUCAUCGGAUCUCCGAGCCGAGAUCAGCAAUGUGGAUGAAAUCUUCGCCGGCGUCGUCGAUAUAUUGAAGAAUCUCAACUCGUAUCCACGCGCCUUGAGAAUCGGCGUUCGAGCUCUGUUCGCCUUGUGUUUAGUCAAACAAACCAGGCAAAAAGCCGUGGAAGCCGGGGCCGCCGAGGCGCUGAUCGAACGGUUAGCCGAUUUGGACAAGUGCGACGCCGAACGAGCUCUGGCGACGAUCGAGUUGCUAUGCAGGAUCCCCUCCGGUUGCUCCGCCUUCGCGGCGCACGCGCUAACCGUCCCGUUGUUGGUAAAGACGAUACUGAAGAUAUCCGAUAGGGCAACGGAGUACGCCGCAGGGGCGUUGACGGCGCUGUGUUCGGAAUCGGAACGGAGUCAGGGGGAGGCGGUGACUGCGGGCGUGCUGAUCCAGUUGCUGUUGUUGGUCCAAAGCGAUUGUACGGAGAGGGCGAAGAGAAAAGCUCAGAUGCUGCUUAGAUUGCUUCGGGAUUCGUGGCCUGAAGAUUCUACGGGGAAUUCCGAUGAUUUCGCUUGCAGCCCCUUUUGAAGCAUAACUACUCACUGCAUUCCUUCUUUUAGGGCAAACAUUCUUAAUUUUCUUAUUUUUUUCUCAAAUGAAAAGAAAAAUCAAUAGUUAUUCAAUUUCAAAAAUAAUUAACAUUUCGAUCUUAAAUCAGGUACAUAGACGAGGCUGUAGUUUUCUUGUACCUAAGACUGCAAAAUCUUUCGAAAAAUAGAUAUCCCGUAUCAUUCUUUCUUUU